UAUAUAUAUAUAUACAUACACAUGUAUUAAUGUGAAAGCAAAAAGUCUUCUCUUCCCCAUUACUGCAUACCAAAUUUCUUCUCCCUUUAUAUUUCGAUCUCACCACUACUCGUCCUUCCUCCUAUAAGUAUCUCCCCCACUCUAUUCAUUUUUCUGUUUCUCUCUCCCAAAUCGCUACAUUGUAAACCAUAAUAUUAGGUAUUCGCCUCCACCGUCUCCAUGGCCUGCUCAGCCAAUGAGUUGGCCCAGCUACUCGGCCCCAACAUCACCAACUCCACUGCUGCUGCUGACUUCAUCUGUUCCCGCUUCACCACCUCCGAGAACAAUUUCACGGCCACCAAAUAUGCCGUUGACAAUACCUACCUCCUAUUCUCCGCCUAUCUCGUCUUCGCCAUGCAGCUAGGUUUCGCCAUGCUCUGUGCAGGCUCCGUUCGGGCCAAAAACACCAUGAACAUUAUGCUUACGAAUGUCCUCGACGCGGCUACUGGCGGCCUUUUCUAUUACCUCUUCGGUUUCGCCUUUGCCUUCGGUACCGGUGGCUCCGAGAAUGGCUUUAUUGGCAAGCACCACUUCGGCCUCAAGACCAUCCCAUCCCAAGAUUUGGACUACAGCAACUUUCUUUAUCAGUGGGCGUUUGCUAUAGCUGCUGCUGGGAUUACUAGCGGCUCCAUCGCGGAAAGAACACAAUUUGUCGCUUAUUUAAUAUACUCUUCCUUUUUAACCGGGUUUGUUUACCCAGUUGUGUCUCACUGGUUCUGGUCUGCCGAUGGGUGGGCGUCUGCGUUCAGAGCUGACAAUCUCUUGUUUGGUAGCGGAGUCAUCGAUUUCGCUGGAUCUGGGGUGGUGCAUAUGGUGGGUGGUAUUGCUGGGUUAUGGGGAGCUCUCAUUGAAGGCCCGAGAAUAGGCCGUUUUGACCAUUCUGGCAGGGCUAUUUCUUUGCGUGGACACAGCGCUUCUUUGGUGGUUCUCGGUACUUUCUUGCUGUGGUUUGGAUGGUACGGGUUCAAUCCCGGUUCGUUCAAUAAAAUCUUGGUAGCUUACACUGAUGGGAGCUACAACGGUCAAUGGAGUGCAGUAGGUCGCACUGCCGUUACCACCACCCUAGCCGGUUGCACUGCAGCCCUAACAACUCUUUUUGGGAAAAGAAUUUUAUCUGGACACUGGAAUGUGACAGAUGUGUGCAACGGUUUGCUUGGUGGUUUCGCUGCCAUUACUGCAGGGUGCUCCGUUGUUGAUCCAUGGGCCGCAAUAAUAUGCGGGUUUGUUGCUGCUUGGGUAUUAAUCGGCUGCAACAUGUUAGCUGAGAAGUUAAAGUUUGAUGACCCACUAGAGGCUGCCCAGCUUCACGGUGGUUGUGGCGCUUGGGGAGUGAUUUUCACGGCGUUGUUUGCCAGAGAAAAGUAUGUGGAUCAAGUUUACAAGCCGGGUCGACCAUACGGGUUGUUCAUGGGUGGUGGAGGAAAGCUCUUGGCUGCUCAUGUCAUACAGAUUCUCGUGAUUACUGGGUGGGUCAGUGCUACCAUGGGUACAUUGUUUUAUAUUCUUCAUAAGCUUAAGCUUUUAAGAAUCUCAGCCGAAGAUGAGAUGGCGGGUAUGGAUCUGACCCGGCAUGGUGGGUUCGCAUACUACCAUGAUGAAGAUGAGUCUCAAAAGCCUGGAAUCAAGUUAAGGAAAAUUGAACCCUCAGCUAAUUCAUCAAAUGUUUAGUUUUUUUUUUUUAAAUUAAAUAUUAUCUUUUAGAUUUUGUGCGAGAUAAAUUAAGGAAUCGGUGAGUGGGUGGCGCAUGUUGUGGAUAAUGAAGAGUUGCACUACAAUGGUUUGUUUUCUAUCCACAUAACUAUUAUAUGUUGACAUAAAGAACAUGAAAAUUUGGCUCUGUAUUAUAAAUCAUUGGUUUGCUUUGGUAGGAGGGAGAGGAAGAGCUUUUCGCAAAAGUCUUUGGAAAUUUGUGGAAAUGCUUUUGUUUUCAA